AUGUCAACAUAUCGUGAAGCCAGCGUCUUGUGGUGGGACUGUUCCUCAAUGUUCAUCCGCUGCCCCCAUUGCGGCGACAUCCAUCGCCAUGGUUUUAAUGGUCAAUAUCAAGUCGAACAAUCCCGCCUAUCGCACUGCGAAAAAGGGGAGGUUUACAAAAUUUGCUUCCCCAUCAAUGGCGAGUACGAAAUCGACAAGAACAGGGGGCUCUAUGUCCGCGCAGGAGCCGACCCGAGUGAAUACUUUGCGCGCGUCGAUGCCGUUGAGGAGGUGGAUAUGAGUGGUAAACGCAAAUGGUACGAAGCAGAAGAAGAAGUUCGAGAUAUCGAGCCCAUGAAUAGGCUUCAAGCUGCGGUAUCAGACAUGGCUUCGCAAUGGCUCUCGCACGACGAAGACGAGUGGGAUGCCUACCAAGUCCUUGUCGAGAGCGGUGAAGCUGAAAAUCUGGAGCCUCCUGAGAAGAAGGUUCUUGAGAUGUCGACAUCUGGUAAAACGGCUCUGCACAUGGCGGCCUGCGAGAUGCACCCAGAGAUUGUCAAGCUGCUACUUGACCAUGGUGCUGAUCCGAACGCAAGGAUGGUGGAUGGACGGACUCCGUUGAUGGAAGCAGCUCUUUGGGGACGUCUGGAUAAUGUCAAAUACCUUGUUGAUCACGGAGCAGACAAGUCUUUACAAUGCGUGCGAAAGGGGGUGAGGCUUCGAGCCAUUGAUUUUGCAAAGUACACCAAGGACAAUCGUAAAGAGCGAUAUGAGCGGUCUGGUGGGGAGCACCAUAUUUACAAGGAAGCCACUUAUGAACGAGACGAAGAACGAGAGGCAAUCAUCCGAGAGCUGGGUGACGAAGCUGUAGAUGAUGGCCAUUGUGCUCAGGCUUCUGGACUACGUCUUGAGGGCUUUACUUGCACGUCUGUGAUUGACGGAGGGGCCAUCAUAUCUAUGCUCGCCAACUUUGAUGUCCCUCGCAGGAACAAGACGAUAGGAAUCCUCUUCCGGGGCGACUUGAAUGGCACGUCGGCGUUUUCUCCUGUGGCUGCCAUGAGUGGGUUUUCACACGAGCCGGACUCGGAUCUCAACGUCCAGAUAGCAGGCAGAAAGUGGACGGACGAGGUGCUUUACUUGUGCCAGAUUACGGGACAUGUGCUGCCUGAAGAUGGGCAUGAUCAGGGUAUACCGGGGCAGUUUUACGCUUGCCACGCGGAGAAGCAGUUGAUUGCGUAUCUAGUGAGCAGACAUGUGUUUCUUCCACGCGAUACUGACAAUGGGGAUUUUGGAAUGGCGAGGCUACGUCUGGAUGAUGAUUGUCUCGAGAAGAAGGUUAGGGAGCUUGUGGAUAUUGAACCGCCUCAGAGACUGAGAAACGCAGUCAUCUUGGUGUCUCGGAGGGUGUGUGGUGACUGCUGUGCUUUUGUUGAUGUUGUUAAUGAGGCCUUGGGGCUGAAUGUAGAGGUGCGAGGGGCGAGUUUGUGUACUUGA